UGGCCAGCCCAAAUGCAUUGUACCCGGCCUCAUUGGCAUAGUUCGGUUCGGCAAUUUUAGGAUCUAUCGUAUAGUGCGGGGUUUACGGCCAGCGAAAUGGUUGUUACGUGCGAGUUCAGCUUCGAUAAUAACAGACACGGCACCUUCUACGCCGGGCAGCUUGUGAGCGGCUGCGUGACCCUUAAAUCGGAUAAAGUCAAGGAGGUUCAAGCUGCGCUCGUUAAAGUCGUGGGCUACUCUAUAACCAAAUGGAGCGAAAGACGGCUGGCAACAACCAAACUAUUCGCCGGUCGAGAGGAAUAUCUAGCAUCGCAGACAUAUCUCGUUGGCUCGGAGCAAUCCAAUGACAGACACAUUAUACAGGCGGGUGUGCACAACUAUAAUUUUGCCUGCCAGCUGCCGUAUCAGUGCCCCACAUCGUUUGAGGGUCGCUAUGGCUGCGUACGCUAUAUAGUCAAGGUACUGCUGGUCCGGCCCUGGAAAUACAAUCAGGCCUAUACGCAUGGCAUCACUGUGCUGAAAAUGAUGGAUCUGAACUGUGAAACGCCGCAGCUGAGGCUACCAGCGCGCAGUGAGAACUACAGGACCUUCUGCUGCGGUCCCUGCAAGACGGCGCCCCUCAAAAUGGAACUGCAUCUGCCCCAGGCGGGCUAUGUGCCCGGCCAGCGGAUACCCGUCACCGUGCUGCUGAUCAACAAUAGCAAUGUGGCCGUCUCUGAGGUGCGUCUCUCGCUGGUCAUGCUGGUCCGUUACUUUAGUGUUACGCCGGAGCAUUCGCGCGUGGAUCGCAUUGUGAUUGGCAAGGCCAAGGGUGACUCCGUGCUGCGACGCAGCACGCGUUCCCUGACCCUGGACAUGGUGGUGCCCAGCACGCCGCCCACCUGCCUCGAUGUGUGCAAGCUAAUACAAAUUGCCUAUCAGCUGGAGGUGGAGGCGCUGAUUAAGAGCCUGCGGGAACAGCAGAUGAUCACCAUGCCCAUAACGAUAGGCACCUGGCCGCUGGGCAACAGCUCAGCCGCCUCGGAUGUGGUGCAGCAGCAGCCACCCAGGCGCAGCGCACGCUACGAGUCGCCGGCGGAUGAGCUGCCCGUGGUUACAGCGCUGGCAAACCAGCUCAACUCUCCAGAUAUAGCUCUGCCCACGUUUGAGGAGUCAAAGCACACGCUGCACGGCAACAUUAACGAGGAGGAGCUUUAUGCGUUCGGAGUCAACGAAUUUGCGCCCUUAUAUCCGGUUUACAACAUUCCAAGUCCUGAACCCGUUCUUUCGGCGAACAGUCGGAGUAUCGGUUUCAUCAACCAAAGCUUUGAAAAAUAAGCUUUGUUGGCACUUGGGUGGGGGUUGUUAAAUAAGCUCGAGAAUUUUGAUUUGCAUAUAAAUAUUUACUAAGAAUUGUUGAAAUAUAUUUGAAUUUGUAGUACAAA